AUGCCCAAGGGAGUCUUGUCGAAAAAAUCCAGUUUCCGCAAAGCCACCAGUUCACUAGCCCGGCUCGGGAAAAACAGCCCUGCAGAGGCGCCGCUCACAAAAUUUUCCCUCGCAUCCACCGGCUUCAGCCUCGGAGCGUUCUUCUACCGCACAAAACUCGCCAUCGUCACGGUCUUGUCCAGUAUCCGCACAGUUGCUCAGGAAGUACUAUCGUCUGACGAGCUAGAAAGCGAAUACUUCGAGUCCGUGUCCACCGAACACUCGCACACCCCGAAGAUGUCCCACAGCCCGAUGGCAUCCAACACAAACGUUACGCUAAAUGUCCAAAUAGACAACGAUGAGGAAGAUACCCUUGAUAUGGAGCCGUUGAGAGCGAAACUAGAACAGAACGGACCGUUUAUCGACGGCCACAAGCUCUGGGAGAAGCGGCGCAAGGUGUGGGUCACGCCGAAAGCAAACACUCCCGAAGGCCGGUUUGACCCGCACAAGCUUAGGUACCAGUUACGGAAGCGGCAGAUCGAUCUUAAUAAUAUCCCAAAGGAUAAACACGUGCAGAUAUACGAGAUUCUUGUGGAAAACAACAAACGACUUAAGAACCCAAUGCCGUUGAAGGAUGCGGUGAAGUUGAUCGAUUUGGGGUGGGUGGCCGAUAAGACGUGGGAAAAUGCCACCAACAGUCUACAUCCAUGA